AUGACCUCAGAUCGCGUCCAGAAGUUGUCUUGCCGUAUCGCCUUAGCCCAUCGGGAGGCUACCUUCCUCCGAAAGGUCGAGGGCCUGGCAGCCCAGCGUCAGAGGGUGGUCAUGCGGGCCAUGGCCGAUCUAGCUCGACAGUGUCGUCAGCAGACGUUGGCCCUGGCUCUGGAUCGAUGGUAUUUCGUCGUUACUAGGGGGAAGCUUCGAAGGCUGGGGUUGGUCCGCGUUGUGUGGGAAAGAUGGUAUCGCCUGAUCCUAAUGGGCAGAAGGGAAAAACAGGUCGCCCGAGUAGUAUGGGGAGUAGCCUUGCGGUUGUACUAUCAUAGUAUCGGCGGAGUGAUGCGGAAGUGGCUCGGGAUGAUCAGAAGGGUCCACUCAGCAGUGCAGAUGGACACGGUCGUUAAGGGAGAGGUUGGCACCCAGACUCGGACUGUGAGCGUAUCGGCAACCUCCAUGCAGACUCAGUCGCUGUUCCAAGCCCAAGUAGGUUGCCAAACCCGUAGAGUGGUCACUCUUGGGAGGGAGGUCCAGACCAACCCACAGCUACGGCCUAGUCGGAUGACGCAGACUAGACUGCAGUCUCGAGUGGCCGGGACGCAGACCCCAGUGCGACGCUUGGUGUCGGCAGGCGUCAUCACAGAUCGGAUCGAGUCCCUGGAGGUCGACAGUCAGACCUGCAGGGUGGAGACUGUGGAGGGAGGGGCUCAGGUCCAGCUGGAGGUGUCGGAAACAUCAACGCAGACAACGAUGCCCGCUGGGGUAACGUCCGGGUCCCAAACUGAAGUGGUCGGUCGAGUUGAUGAUGGUGGUGAAGUCCAGUUUGACGUUGGUAUCCAAGCAGAGCCGUCGGAUAGUACUGAGCUUGUGGGCGCUGGAGGAUCUUCACACACGGUCAGCACAGGCGUUCAGACGAGUGAGGAGGGCCAAAGAAGCGAAGAUGGACCCAUCACUACCACUCACGAUGCAGAGUGCCAGGCAAUGGUGAUGGUUGAAGGAGUAACAGUGGGAGCUCAGACGGAUGAUCUCAUCAGGCUUGACGCUACUACAAGCCCACUGCAUGCACAUACAGUGGACGUGGUCGAGCAAGAGGUGCAGACGGGGCUAGUCGAGUCGAUGGCCCCUACGGCGGUGGAGGUUGGCAAGGUUAUGGAGACUGUGAGUAUUGGGUCUAUCGAGUGGGACGAUGCGGCACGACCUACCAUCAGAAGCUCGAUCAUGGCUAGCUCUGAGGUCCAUCGGAUAGCCCCAGUUCCGCAUGUCUGGCCAGAGGGGCCGAGCUCAUCGAUAGAGACAUCUGUCAGCGAGGGAGUACCGAAGACCACCACGGGGCAGCUCUUACCAGCGCGGUACCGGGGCCAUCCUCAUGAUGAAGGUGCUCGUGGGGUUGUGGUGACCGGAGGGACAGCUGUCCAGACUAGCCCUGGGAGAAGCACCAAUAUGACUACUCAAACGGUUGGUAUGGCUAGUAGGUCCUUUGCUGUACAGACGGACAGUCAGGCUCAGUCUAGGGCCAACUGGGUGAUGGCCAUUCGAUGUCUGAGGGGCCUGGUCAUCUCUAGGUUGCGGUAUGGGCUCGGCCUGUUGCUUUCGAAUAGGCUCGUAUGGGACAACAAGGAACUAGCUGAUCUGGUAGUAGGCCUGCAGGGAAGGAUCGACAGUGUCACCGCCUCCCUCCGAGAUCGUGACCUCGAGGUGUCUCAACUGAGGUUGGGCAUCGAGGCUCAUAGGGAAGCUGAGACGCAGGCUGCUGCCCAGGUUGGGGCUCUGACGGCUAAGUGCCAAGGCCUGGAGGAGAGGUGCUCGGGCGUGGCUGGGCUAGAGGAGCGGCGUAAGGAGCUGGAGGGACGAUGCGAGGCGUUAUUUGAUGACAAUGUGGAGUUGGCCGCCAGCUUGGAGAAGGCUCUGGAGGGGGUUCAUAGGGCUGAGAGAGCCGAACGGAGGGUCGAGGAGCUGCAGAUCAUGCUAGCUAAUAAGCGUGACAAGGCUAGGGAGGAGGUAAGAAGCCCUAAUAAUGAGGAAUCUCUGGACGACAGUACUACAGUGGGCAUCCAGGAACAGCUGGACGCCUAUAUGGAGCUGCUGGUAGAUCUCACUAACAAGCUAGAUAGGAGUGAGGAGGAGAAGAAGGCCAAAGAGGAGGCGUUGGAUGAUUUGAAAGGCCGCUAUGAGCUCCUCUUGGCUGGCCGGAGUUCGACCGGCGGUUGA